AUGGCGCCCGCAAACAAGAGGAAAGCGUCCAGCCAGGCGCAGUACUGGGUUGGUGAAGACUACCGGGAAGACAGCUCGAAACCGGCCAUGCUGCGCUUCGAAGACUCCCUUCCUAGGCUACCCGUACCUACACUCGAAGAAACGUCGAAACGAUACCUCAAGAGCUUACACCCCUUGCUCACCAAGGAAGAAUACGCCGCCUCCGAGAAAGCUGUCAAUGCCUUCAGCCAAUCCAGCUCUCUCGGUCCAACACUUCAAGAACGACUAGUUGCCCGUGCCAACGACCCCAAGCACAAGAACUGGAUCGCCGACUGGUGGAACGAAGCAGCGUACCUCUCCUACAAAGACCCCGUUGUCCCCUACGUCUCCUACUUCUACUCCUUCCGCGAUGACCGACGGCGGCGGAACCCAGCCAAGCGAGCCGCCGCCAUCACCACAGCCGCCCUAGAAUUCAAGCGCCAAGUCGACACCAAGACCCUCGAGCCAGAAUACAUGCGCAAGAACCCCAUCGCCAUGAGCUCCUACCAAUACAUGUUCAACUGCUCCCGCGUCGCCGCCGAACCCGCCGACUACCCGAUCGAAUACGGCCCCGACGGCAACGAACACAUCAUCGUCAUGCGCAAGAACCAAUUCUGGAAAGUCCAAACCCACAUCUCCGGCCAACAACUCAACACAUCCGAACUCGAGCACCAAUUCUCCCACAUCUACAAAUCCGCCGAACAAUCCCAACCCAUCGGCGCCAUCACCUCUUUACCCCGCGACCAAGGCGCCACGGCCCGAACCCACCUCCUCGAAGCCUCCCCCUCCAACGCCCUUGCCUACAAGGACAUCGAAUCGGCCUCCUUCGUCGUCUGCCUCGACUCCGCCAGCCCCAUCAUUCUCGAAGAGCGCGCACACGCCUACUGGCACGGCGACGGCGCCAACCGCUGGUACGACAAACCCCUGCAAUUCAUCGUCAACGACAACGGCACCGCAGGCUUCAUGGGCGAGCACUCCAUGAUGGACGGCACGCCUACCCAUCGCUUGUGCGAUACCGUCAAUGCGCUUAUCGUGCAUAAUAAGCUCGACUUCGAGAACCCUUCCGUUCGCUCGUCCUUGCCGCCGCCCACUGUCGUGCGCUUCCAGACCGACUCUAAGUCUUUAGAGGAUAUCGCCAGCGCACAGAAACAGUUCGCGCAAGUUAUCGCCUCGCACGACCUGAGAGUGCAGGCGUACCAGGGCUACGGGAAGGGACUGAUCAAGAAGUUCAAGUGCUCGCCCGACGCGUAUGUGCAGAUGGUGAUCCAGUUGGCGUACCAUAAGAUGUAUGGGAAGAACCGCCCGACGUAUGAGUCUGCUGCGACGCGGAAGUAUCAACUUGGACGGACUGAAACAACCCGGACUGUAAGCGAUGAGAGUGUAGCAUUCUGCGACGCGAUGGCGAACCAUGAAAUUGGGAGGGAGGAGUGUGAGAAGUUGUUCCGCGCGGCUGUCGCGGCGCAUGUGAAGUAUACGCAGGACGCGAGCGAUGGGUAUGGUGUUGACCGGCACCUGUUUGGGCUGAAGAAAUGCUUGAAGGAGGGGGAAGAGGUUCCCGAGUUGUUCAAGGAUCCGGCAUACAGCUACAGCUCGUCGUGGUAUAUCAGUUCGAGUCAAUUGAGCUCGGAGUAUUUCAAUGGGUAUGGGUGGAGUCAGGUGAUUGAUCAGGGGUGGGGAAUUGCGUAUAUGAUCAACGAAAACAGUAUUCAAUUCAACAUCGUCUCGAAACAGCUUGGUUGCGAGCGGAUGAGCUUCUACUUGAACGAGGCGGCGGGCGAUAUCAGAGAUAUGUUGACGCCCGGCUUACAGCCUCAGGCGAAGCUGUAG